UCGACAGUCCGAGACUUCUUUGCGAUGCUAGAUUCUAGAAUGAUUACCGAUGUAAACAUGGAUAGAUUUCUAAUAUUUCUUCUAGAGCACGAUGAUUCCUUAGCAGAUCAUGAAGCAUGUUCCCAUUGUAAUGAGGAUGUGACUCCUGCUGUUCAGAGUUUGGUUGAAGAUCUUAUUGUAUUUUGCAAUAAGAAGGAAAAUUCUUUCAAAGAUAUUGAAAAUACCCAAUGGUCAUCAAUAGAUCCUCUUCUAGCGCUCAAGAACUUCAACCCCACAGUUCAUUUCACCAUCAUUGAGGACAAGCCAUUCCUGGACCAAAUGGAGAUUUAUUCAAAGUGGCAUAAAGGGGAAAAUCUUGAGAAAGUAUUACAGCAGCUUGGAAAGUCUGUUGUGUUCAAACGUUACGAGAAAAUUCCAGUGAGUUCUUCAGACAGAGAUGUUGAGACUUCGGAAAGACUUCACAGUCUUGCUGAUGGCUUACCACAAGCUGGAGUUCCUGUUGAUGUCUUCUGGUUUAUUUGUGGGAGAGAUGCCCUCCCUGUUAGAUCCCACAUGCAUCUGUUCGGAGCUUUAAAGCGGCUACAACUGUGGCAUAAUGCCAACAUCACUCUUCUUUGUAGCAAUGUGUUUGACAGGAGUUCAUUUUUGAAGUCAUGGCAGAAGGGUCUGAAGUUGUCAGUUACAUUUCUUGACAAAAAAGUUGCAGUGCCAAAACUAUAUGAUGCUCUGGUUGUUUGGCAAGGAUCUUUGGUCUUCAGUGAGGGUCAAUCAAGAACCAUCAUGCCAGGAUUCAAUUUGCGUUUUGAUAAGAAUGAGACUGAAAUUAGUUUUGGUUCUUCUCGACUUCAGCCAAAAAGAAAGAAGAAAAAUCCCAUGGAUAAUGGGAAAACUUUCUCCAUUGCACCAGAGAUAACUAUCCUCUGCAGAGUUGAGAAGCAUACAGUUCCAUUUCACAUGUUUCUGCCAUUAAGACUGGAAUUAAGCGUCAACCAAUCUUCUACUAAGCUAUCAGCGAGACUUAUCGAGUGGCUAUCAAUUGAAGAGAAUAAGAAUAUUGCCCUGGUUGGAACAUUACAGCUUGUUGCGUCGCACAAACACUGCACACAAAGAAAGAAUAAGGAAGCUUGGUUUAACUAUUUCAAAUCUCAGAACCAUACAGUUACCAACAGACUUGAUGUUAAUAGUGGAGAUGAAGAUUUGAAAGAGUCUUGCAGGCGGGUGUGUCUCGUAUGCGGCAGUAAUGAAAAAGAACUGAGCUUGUAUGUUCUGAGAAGGCCAGAAGACCUCAAUGGCUGGAUUCAUAAGGAGCUGUCCUUAAUCCAAUCUUCAUUCCUAUUCUCUAAUGAUAAAAAAGUUGGCGGGCCAUUAAAAUUUCCGGACCUGACAGAGAGUUUCAUUGAAACAGAACAGAAUUUAACCGAAGUUCUGCUGCAAGAGCUACACAAUGAACUGCAAACCUCUGAUGAUCUCUUUUCGACGAAUCGAGGGUGUAACAUCGUUGAUAAAACAACUUCGACCAAGUGGCAGUUCUUGAAGGAGAAAAGACCUGGUUGGAAAGAUCAUCAACUAGAAGCUGUCGAUAAAAAUGUUUUACCUCGAGACAUGUCAGAAUUAUCGUUGUCUCCAAGUAAAUGGCCUGAACGAGCUUGGCUAAUCAAGAAUGAUCCGAAUGCAAGGAUUAAUGAUUCCGUCACAGACGAGUCAACUAAACAUUUUCAAUCGUUCACAUCAGUGUCUUCACUGAGUAUUCAAGACAUUUUAGAGAAGUUUCGUAUGGACGGAACACCUGUGAGGAGUGACCUCGUUCCUCUUCAGCUGAGGGAGCGGAGCUCAAGUGAAAGGCACAUACAAAUAGACAGAGGAAGUACUGAAGAAGUGAGGGAAAAGUGUUACCCAGAAGCCCUUGGAGCAUCUUAUCACGGCAUCGAAUAUUGCCUUGAGGUUCGUCAGGCCAUUUCUAAAGACCUACAGCUUUCGCAUCUGCAGUCCUCGCUCGUGAAAAACGAGACAUUAUCAUCGUGUGUGCAAACAGACAACAAGACACUGGAAACUCGAGGUACACGAGCUGUGACCAGUACAGCAAAAAGAGACAAGAAAUCAAGUUUGAUGAAGCUCUCGCUACCCGUGAGUCGAGCAGUGACUGUAAGAAAAAGAAAGGAAACUGCUGCCUCGAUUAGAAGUUCUUCGAGGUUGUUGAAGAGGAAAUCACCACUUGUAAAAGCGCCAACAGUUGGAAAAAAAAGAAAAAGGGAGGAAGAAAAAGUGGGAGAGAGUAAAGGCAGUGACAAAAAUGAUGUCAAGAUGAAAGAAACUCGUUCAGAGAGGCACAAGAGACGCCUCCGACAAGUGGUCCAAAAUACCCUUGAAGACAACGGAAUCGAUUCUAGUCACCCAUUCCGCGAAUCGUGUACAGGAAGGCUAUACUCCCUGUGUAAAAGUUUCCUCAAGGAUCUCCGCUCGUCUCAUGGUCUAAACGAUGAAAUGAAAAGACUCGCCAAAAGUAAUGUCCAGCAGGUGAUAGAGUUAGAGACGAAAAGAAAAUAGCAACGCAAACGACUUGACAAAGAAACGCCUUUUAAAUUAAUGCUUUAUUUUGUUAUUGUACAGUUUAUACCAUUGAUUAGCUAGAAAAAAGGAAAAUAAUUUUUUUUUGCCCCUAACUCUAAAUUCCGUUAUUUAAAUAUGCCUAUUGUUUCGAAGCUUUUUUUUCUUUAAGUUAAUGAUAAAAUGUCUAGAUCUUAAAUACAAGACUGUGGUACUUACCAGUCAUCAUAAUUGAAAUAUUUUCUUACGUAUGUGACGAAGACAACAAAAACAUUGUCCUUCUUAAACUUCGAUUCCUGCCGGUAACUUUCUUUUCUCUACCUGACUUGGGCUGGCGAAACUUUAUUUAUCUCCUUUUAUUGAGGCAACACUCGACGAACCCGUUAACGUUUGGGAAAAAUCGACAUAAAGGAUCUAGUAUUUUUAUGAUCCCCUUUGUUUAUUUCCUAACACAAAGUUGAUUUCUCAUCAUCAAUAACUACACCUUGAGAACACUAUACUCUCUCUCUGUUGGCAUAUUAAAGGAAAAUCCAUUACGCGACGAGGGAAUUCCGCAUUAAAUUGCACGCGAAAACCGAUAUGGCUCGAAUCGCGAA